AUGUUCAGAUCUGGUAUUCAAAAAAGUUCCAUUCGUAAGUUGGCCACUUUCAUUUCGCCUGAGUCCGCUUUGCCAAAGAAGUACGGUGGUAAAUAUACCGUAACUUUGAUUCCAGGGGAUGGUGUCGGUAAGGAAAUCACUGACUCGGUUAGAACCAUCUUCAGUCACCAAAACGUUCCAAUUGAAUGGGAAGUUGUUGAUGUUUCGGGAUUAGAAGCUGGUAACGGUGUUACUGAAGCUGUUGAAUCGUUGAAGAGAAACAAGGUUGGUUUAAAGGGUAUCUUGUACACACCAACCGGGACCUCGGGUAAGUCUUUAAAUGUUGCAUUAAGAAAAGAAUUGGACAUCUACGCCUCUUUGGUUUUGAUUAAGAACAUUCCAGGUGUCAAGGGUAGAUUAGAAGGUAUUGACUUUGCCUUGGUCAGAGAAAACACCGAAGGUGAAUACUCGGGAUUAGAACAUCAAUCGUACCCAGGUGUUGUUGAAUCCUUAAAGAUCAUGACUAGAUUCAAGUCUGAAAGAAUCGCCAAGUUUGCUUUUGACUUUGCCAAGAAGAACAACAGAAAAUUGGUCACAGCUAUCCACAAAGCCAACAUUAUGAAAUUAGGGGAUGGUUUAUUCAGAACCACCGUCAAGGACGUUGGUCAAGACUACGCUGGUAUUGAAGUUAACGACUUGAUUGUCGAUAACGCUUCCAUGCAAGCCGUUGCCAAGCCACAACAAUUCGAUGUCUUGGUCACUCCAAACUUGUACGGUACCAUCUUAUCUAACAUUGGUGCUGCUUUAAUUGGUGGUCCAGGUUUAGUUCCAGGUGCUAACUUCGGUAGAGAAUACGCUGUUUUCGAACCAGGUUGUAGACACGUUGGUUUAGAUAUCAAGGGUCAAAACACCGCUAACCCAACCGCCAUGAUCUUAUCUGCUGCUAUGUUAUUAAGACACUUAGGCUUGAACGAUCAUGCUGAUAAGAUCUCUAAGGCUACCUACGACGUCAUUGCCGAAGGUAACGUUAGAACUAAAGAUAUCGGUGGUGCUUCCUCCACUACUGAAUUCACUGACGCUAUUGUAGCUAAAUUGAAUUAA